AUGCAUGACAUAACCUCCGCGAUGGCUUCUCAGGUCGUCGAGACAGUUGACGAGCAUGUCUUGGAGCCUCUCUCGUCUGAGCCGGUUAUUGUUGCCGUGCCAGAGGUGCAGAGUGUCAGCUCCGAUACCGAGAGCUCCGACUCACACAUGUUUGCUACCGCGCCGAGUUCCUCAGCCUUAGCUGACGUCUCGGGCUGGUGUGACCAGGUACCGCCAGCCUCCGGUGACACUGCCGAUGUGAACGUCCUGUGUGGCAACUCUGGCUCUCCACCAGCGCUGCCCCGACAAGACUCAGUGCCGCCCAAGCCAUGGUCUAGCUAUGACACUUCCUCCUCGGACCUGAGUGACACUGACUUCACACAUGUUCCCCGGCUGGCUCCUGCUGCGCUCUCAAACCAGGAGUGCAGCGAUGACAUCGGCUUCUUCGACCUCACACCAGGCUUACACGACGUCUGUGACAUGUUGGAAGCACUGCAUAUUUCUGCCUCUGUGCCGAGGACCAUGACGGUAGUCAACAGCCUUGAGUCCAUGGACCCGACCCCCAGCAACGCAGCCCCUUCACCCCCACAGUUCCCAACCCCAGAUUCACCCACGGUGCCAGAGGUGGUCUGGAACCUUCCAUAUGGUGACAGACAUCUCGGUGUCCCAAGGCUUGGCACUCCGCUUGAGGAGCCAGACGCCGACGCCGAUGGCCGCCACGAGGCUCCCGGUGCCAUGGCCAGACGCAGGCGCCGCCGCCGCGCACCUCGUCCUCGGAGGCGCAUCCCCACCAUUCCAGGUUCCUCGCCGGAGCCUGCCCGUUUGACUCGUGACGAGGGAGUCGCACGCGUCCUUCGUCGCCGUCGUCCUGCCCCAGAAGACGACAGUGACGAGGCUCAGGAAGCCACUGCCAGACAGAAGAGGCAGCGCCAGGGACAAGCUACCAACGUUUGGAGAGCCCUCCCUCUGCUGCCAAACUCUUCCUUUGGGCACCCCCCUGAGCGUCGGCUGUAA